CACCCAACAAAAACACUUCUUUUCCAUUGUCCUAAUUAAAAAAAAUCAGAAAAUUUCUCUAUCUAUCUUCUUCAGCUUUUUCAGUGGAAGAAAUUAACAAGAAAGAAAGAAAGAAGAAGAAUGAGCUGCAAUGGUUGCAGGGUGCUUCGAAGAAGAUGCGGGGUCGACUGCAUCCUUAGGCCGUGUUUGGAUGAGUUGGAUAACCCCCAAGCCCAAGCCAACGCCACUCUCUUCCUCUCCAAAUUCUUUGGCCGCUCCGACCUCUUUUCUCUCAUCUCCUCCGUCCCCCUCCACCGUAGGCCCGCUCUGUUUAGGUCGUUGUUGUACGAAGCGUGUGGGCGGACGGUGAAUCCGGUGAGCGGCGCGGUGGGGCUUCUGGCGACCAGGAACUGGCACGUGUGCGUCCGAGCCGUCGAGACCGUCCUCUCCGGGGGAGAUCUGCGCCAGAUCUCCGCCGAUUUCCCGAAUCCUUCCCGAAGGUUCCAGAAGGGCGGCGCGUGGGGGAGCUCGGAGCAGUCCGCGGUGACCCGAUCCCGUCCGACGGCGACGAUCGACGGCGGCGCGCAGCGGGGGAGUACGGAGAGGACGCGGACGUCGGAGAGCGGUUGCCGGAUCGCGGGAGACGUGGCCGGCGGGAAAGCGCCAAAGCUUCUCAACCUCUUUCUCUGAAUUUAAAUUGGGGAUUGAUCGAAGUCGCGGCGCCGGAAUUGAAUGAUUUGGUUUUGUACGGAGUACUUUUUGGGGACUCAGUGAGUCGGAAUCGGCACAAAUGAUGAUGACCUGAGUCCGUAUGUGUCUGUUUAUGCAGUGCAUCGGAUGGAACUUAUGUUUUUGUUAGAUGAGCUAGUCUUUAGUUGAGAUGAAUAAACAUGAAUAAUUCCUUGCUUGGAUGUUAGUAAAAAAAGGGUUAAAUA